UUCGACACUGGGAGAGGGAGUGAAGAUGGCGGCGGCCGAAUCUGAUCGUGAAGUACCGUCUGCGCUGUGUACUGAAUUCCUGAAUUUCUCUGUCAAAGACACAGCUUCGAAAUGGCUCCAGGUGACUGAUCUGUACAAGGAGGUGUACCAGCACCUGGCCCGCUAUGUCCCAAAGAUCUACUGCCUGGGGCCCAACCUGAACCCCCAGAGUGAAGACCUGCUGGCCCAGAUGCUGCUGCAGGCCCCUCUGGAGUGGUACCUUUGUGGGGAGGACCCCUCCACGGGCCUGGCCAAGCUCGAGCAGAACAACCAGCCCUCACAGCUCUGUGGACAUGUCUUCAAAGUGGGAGAGCCCACCUACUCAUGCAGGGAAUGUGCUGCAGACCCCACCUGUGUGCUGUGUAUGCAGUGUUUCCUGGGCAGUGUGCAUAAAGAACAUCGCUACAGGAUGACAACCUCCGGGGGAGGGGGAUUCUGUGACUGUGGAGACACAGAGGCCUGGAAGAAGGGCCCUUACUGUCAGAAACAUGAGCCCAACAUCAGUGACUCCUGUCAGGAGGAUCCCCUGGCCUACCUCUCAACAGACAUGAUUGCCCGCUGCUAUAAUGUCUUCUCCAUUGUUCUGAAAUAUGCCGUGGACAUGCUGACCUGGGACAAGGAGGACGAGCUGCCCCCGGGCCUGGAGCCUCCAGACCGAAGUGACACCUAUUACUGCAUGCUCUUCAAUGACGAGGUGCACACAUACGAGCAAGUCAUCUACACCCUCCAGAAGGCGGUCAACUGCACCCAGAAAGAAGCAGUCAGCUUCGCCACAACAGUAGACAGAGAUGGAAGGAAAUCGGUGCGCUUUGGCGACUUCGCGUUCUGUGAGCAGGCCAAGUCAGUCAUUGUGAGGAACACGAGUCGUCAGUCCAAGCCCUUGCGGGUCCAGGUAAUGCACUCCUCGGUGGUGGCUCACCAGUGCUUCGCUCUCAAAGCCCUCCACUGGCUGGGCCACGUAAUAGGAUACUCAGAUGCUCUGAGGAGGAUCCUGUGUCAGGUGGGCCUGGAGAGGGGGCCAGAGGGAGAGAACUCCUCCCUGGUGGACACACUCAUGCUCUGUGACUCCAAGAUGUGGAAAGGAGCCAGGAAUGUCUACCACCAGCUCUUUAUGAGCAGCCUUCUCAUGGACCUCAAAUACAAGAAGCUGUUUGCUAUCCAGUUUGCAAAAAAUUAUGAGCGCUUGCAGAGCGACUAUGUGAAAGAUGACCACGACAGGGAGUUCUCGGUCACUGACCUCUCGGUGCAAAUGUUCACAGUGCCCUCCCUGGCGCGGAUGCUGAUCACAGAGGAGAACCUAAUGACCACCAUAAUCAGGACCUUUGUGGACCACCUGCGCCACCGCGACCUGCAGGGCCGCUUCCAGUUUGAGCGCUACACCGCCCAGCAGGCUUUCAAGUUCCGUCGUGUCCAGAGCCUCAUCGGAGACCUCAAGUACGUCCUCAUCAGUCGGCCCACAGAGUGGAGUGACCAACUCAGGGAGAAGUUCCUGGAGGGACUGGACACCUUCCUGGAGCUGCUCAAGUGCAUGCAGGGAAUGGACCCGGUUGUGAGGCAGGUGGGACAGCACAUUGAGAUGGAGCCUGAGUGGGAGGCAGCCUUCACUCUGCAGAUGAAGCUCACACACAUCAUCUCCAUGAUGCAGGAGUGGUGCGCCACAGAUGAGCGUGUGCUGAUUGAAGCCUAUAAGAAAUGCCUGACAGCACUUACACACUGCCACAGUGGCUUCACCGACGGGGAGCAGCCCAUCACACUUAGCAUAUGUGGACAUUCUGUGGACACUAUCCGCUACUGUGUCUCUCAGGAGAAAGUCAGCAUCCACCUGCCUGUGUCCCGCUUACUAGCAGGUCUCCACGUUCUCCUCAGUAAGAUAGAGGUGGCCUACAGAUUCCCUGAACAGCUUCCACUGAGUGAGCUAAGCCCCCCCAUGCUAAUAGAACACCCCCUUCGCUGCCUGGUCCUCUGUGCCCAAGUGCACGCUGGGAUGUGGAGGAGAAACGGCUUCUCAUUGGUCAAUCAGAUCUACUACUACCACAAUGUCAAGUGCAGAGUGGAGAUGUUUGACAAGGACCUCAUUAUGCUGCAGGCCGGAGCUUCCAUGAUGGAUCCCAACCACUUCCUGAUGAUAGUCCUGAGCCGCUUCGAGCUCUACCACAUCUUCAGCUCCGCCGACUGCAGGAAGAGAUACAACAGGGAGAACACCAACAAGGACUUGGUCCAGCAGAGCAACACUCUAAUAGAGGAGAUGCUGCACCUCAUCAUGAUGGUUGUGGGUGAGCGCUUUGAAGCUGGUAUCGGCCAGGUGGAAGGCUGUGACGAGAUCAAGCGGGAGAUUAUUCACCAGCUGUGUAUUAGACCCAUGGCCCACAGCGAGCUGGUCAAAGCCCUGCCUGAGAACGAGAACAAGGAGACUGGUAUGGAGAGAGUGAUCGACUGUGUUGCUUCGUUUAAGAAGCCUGGCGUGACAGGCAGAGGGCUGUAUGAGCUCAGGCCAGAGUGUGCCAAGCAGUUCAACCUCUACUUCCACCACUACUCCCGGGCUGACCAGUCCAAGGCAGAGGAAGCCCAGAGAAAGCUGAAGAGACAGAAUGGAGAGGACACAGCCCUCCCUCCUCCAGUGCUGCCCCCGUUCUGCCCGCUGUUUGCCAGCCUGGUUAACAUUCUGCAGUGUGACGUGCUGCUGGGCAUGCUGGGAGCCGUGCUGCAGUGGGCCGUGGAGCCCAGCGCAGGACACUGGUCUGAGUCCAUGCUGCAGAGGGUGCUCCACUUAAUAGGCAUGGCUCUACUGGAGGAACAGCAGCAGUUAGAGAACAGUAGUGAAGACAGUGACGUCUGCUUCAACUUCACCCUCAAAAUGUCCUGCCCAGGGGAAGCCCCCAGUAACACAGCCAGUGUCCUGGCCCUCCUGGAGAACCUACAGAAUGCCCCUCACCUGGAGGUCCACAAGGAUAUGAUCCGCUGGAUCCUCAAGACGGUGGCCAGCAUUAAGACAAUGCGGGAACGUACCGUCUCCACCUCUACAGUGACCGCCAGCGGCAGCCACAGUCAGGAAGAGACAGUGUGUGAUAAGGACAAGGCAGAGAGGAAGAGGAAGGCGGAGAUGGCUCGCCUUCGCAGGGAGAAGAUCAUGGCCCAGAUGUCAGAGAUGCAGAGACACUUUAUCAAUGAGAACAAGGAGCUGUUCCAGCAGAGUCUGGAGGAGCUGGAUGCCUCCACCUCUUCCUCACUGGAGCACAGCCCCACGUCGUCAGAUGCAGCCCUGGUGUGUGUGGGCCCCAGGCGGUCACGUCCCGGGGAGAAGAGGCAGGUUGUUACGUGUAUCCUGUGCCAGGAGGAGCAGGAGAUCCGGGCUGACGGCAAGGCCAUGGUGCUGGCUGCUUUCGUCCAGCGCUCCACCGUCAUGUCCAAGAACCGCAAAAGACCACCGCACGACCCCGAGCGUUACGACCCUCUCUUCAUGCACCCUGACCUGUCGUUUGGCACACACACAGGCAGCUGUGGCCACAUCAUGCACUCUCACUGUUGGCAGAGGUACUUUGAGGCGGUGCAGGCCAAGGAGCAGCGGCGUCAGCAGCGACUGCGUGUCCACACCAGCUACGAUGUGGGGAACGGGGAGUUCCUGUGUCCGCUGUGCGAGUGCCUCAGUAACACCGUCAUCCCCCUGCUCCCCCGCACUAAGGGCUCCAGCAGUUGUGAGCAGCCUAGUCUGGGUCAGUGGCUAAUUACCAGCGGUCAGCAGAUUAAGGCCAUGCACUCUGCCCACAGGAAACUCCAGCCCAUCAGUGCAGACACUGUUGAAGAGACGGUGGAAGAGGAGUGCCCUGCUCCUGAGGGUUUCAGAGUGGACUACAUUCCCAUGAAUCCCUACUCCAGCACCAUAAAGGAGAUGCUGACCACUUUUGGGACAGCGACCUACAAAGUUGGCCUUAAGGUACACCCCAAUGAGCAGGACCCUCGUGUCCCCAUCAUGUGCUGGGGCAGCUGUGCCUACACCAUCCAGUCCAUAGAGCGACUGUUGGUGGACGAGAAGAAGCCUUUAUUUGGAAGUUUACCUUGCAGACAGGAUGACUGCCUGAGCUCCCUGGCCAGGUUUGGCUCAGCGUGUUGGACUGCAGCCUGUCAGCCCACCGUGCAGGGCCACUUCAUCAGACUGUUAGCAGCGUUGAUUCCAGACCCCCAGGUGAAGGCCACUCCAUGUAUCCUGGACAUAGACAUGUUGCACCUGCUGGUGAGUGUGGUGCUGUCCUACGGGUCGGUCCACUACCAGGACUCGUCAGGGCUGAGUGUGGACGCUGUCCAGCUGCACCUCUUCCACCUCAUCACUGUGGCUCACAUGGUCCAAAUACUGCUCACCUCUGGCCCAGAGGAGGUGACCAUGGAGCAGGAGAGUGGGGAAGCAGAGCGGGAGGAGGAGGAGGCCAUCUGCUGUCUCUACAACACCCUCAGGACACACGUGGGCAGUUCCCUACCUGAGGUGGGGUCUGGUUGGCAUCUGUGGCGUUGUGUGAAGACGGGUAUCCUACCCUACCUGAGAGGAGCAGCACUCUUCUUCCACCACCUCAACGGAGUCCCUACACCCCCAGAGUUGCAUGCUCUGUGUCCUGGUCAGUGGGAGGUGCUGUGUGGAUACCUCAGUCUGCCCUCCAACCUGCUGCAGCUCUUCCACAGUCAACGGGAGCUACUGGAGCCGUUGCUGCAGGGGUGGUGCACUCAUCCAGGUGUACAGCAGACCCUGCAGGGAGGUGGCGUUCUUGUGAGUUAUCCUCGGGAGUCCAACAGCCUGAUUGACCUCCCAGAUGACUACAGUGCCCUCAUAAACCAAGCCUCCAGCUUCACGUGCCCUAAGUCGGGUGGGGAUAAGUCCCGUGCGCCCACCCUGUGUCUGGUGUGUGGCUCCAUGCUAUGUUCUCAGAGCUACUGCUGCCAGACAGAGCUGGAGGGAGAGGACGUGGGAGCCUGCAUUGCUCACACCUUCGCUUGCGGAGCCGGAGUAGGCAUCUUCCUUAGAGUGAGAGAGAGCCAGGUUCUGUUCCUGGCUGGUAAAACUAAGGGCUGUUUCUACGCUCCUCCAUACCUGGAUGACUAUGGAGAGACGGACCAGGGCCUAAGGCGGGGGAACCCAUUGCACCUGUGCCGCGAGCGCUACCGCAAGAUCCAGAAGCUGUGGCGCCAGCACAGCAUCACCGAGGAGAUAGGCCAUGCCCAGGAAGCCAACCAGACUCUGGUUGGCAUCGACUGGCAGCACCUGUGAUGUCAUAGGUCACAUCGACCGGAGUUGGACACACCCCUUCUCCAAACCGAAAGGGGAUGGUGGUCUAGGCAACACAGCCCCACCUCUUUCACCCCCCAUUUGGAGCUAUUUAAUUUCUGCCUAUUCAAAUACCAUUAAAUUAUUUCUAAGGUAGAUGGCUGAUGUAUUGGUUUAUUUACAGUUGGAUUGCUUUGAUACUAAACAUUUUGAGUAAGCACAAGGUUUUCCUUCUUACUCUUGUCAGCCAGGGACUGCUCAUUUCAGAGUUUGGGCCAAAAUCUCAUCUGAUAGGUCUUGAGGUGAGGCCAGAUUGUGCCCUUACCGGUAUUGGGAUCCAUUCUAUUUCAAUUCCCAUGUAUUGAAAUUUCAACCCAAGAGCUGAAAAAUCCUCAUUGAAAAUAAAUUGUGCUUUUCAGCUUUGAAUUGGAAUUUCAAUUAAAGUCCUGUAAUGUAAAGACCCAAACACUGGUCCUUACUCUGACAGAGACACUGCUGACCCACACAGGCAGUGUGGGGGUUUAAAAGGUAUAUUAUCCCCCUUGCUGCAAUCCAUUAGUUACUUUCUCCAGUCUGAUGGUCACCCAAAUAAACAGUGCUCAGAGAAUACAAGCCGAUGUAAGGAAGUGUGCAGUAACACACUGGUGUGAAUGUUUCCGUGUUUUACUCCUUAGUGCCUGUGUUCUGGUUUUUCGUUUUGUCAGUGUUUAUGUUGGAGUGUGUUAAGUAUUUUUGCAGGUUGAGUAUGUGUGCGUUUUUAAUCUAUCUGUUUGUCAGUGCUUUGUUUUUAACACUAUUUAAGUGAACUCCUUAACCCACAGAAAUUAGCCUUUACGCCAAGGCUGUCCCUUCCUUUUUUGCUAAUGUGUGUGUUUGGUUGGUUGUAAUCCAUUUGACUUUUUAUCUCAUGUGCAUUGAUGAGGUUUGUUGGUUUUGGUAAUUGUUUUUGUAUUGUUUUUUUAAAAACUGUUCAGCAGAAACAAUGUUUUCUUUUCUGUAUGAGAAGAGAAUGCAGAAACAUAUCCCUCAACUGUUUUAUAUAUAUGGACCAGUGGGUUUGCCUGACCCGACCUGGAAUACAACUCUCGAUCUUAGUUAUAAUCUUUUGGUCAGGUAAAAGUCUUAGCCCUAAUCAUCUGGAUUGUAACAUUACCACAGCUACUGUUGGGUGGACUGACCCAUUGGGUCAAAUAUCAUCCUUAAAGCUCGGAAACAGAAUAGAUUAGUCAGGCUCGCAAGGCACUUUAGAGGAACCAACACACACACACUGCUCUCUGAUGCAGGGUCUCUCUGAUGCUGGGACCUGAAGCCCUAUAUUCUUCCUCCCAUCACUCCGUUGGCAUGUUUUCAUGGUAACCAUCCCCACCCCGUUCUUUGACACGCUCCCAAUAUCGAGGCUGUAUCAUUAUUAUUGUCACAGACUUGUUAAUAUGUGAAUUAUUGUAUAAAUGAGUACAUUGUACUAUAUUGUAAAAGAAUACCAAAAUAAAAAGGAAAAGGAA